ACACCGGUGGUAAAAAAAAAAAACGACGUUCGCUAUAUCGUUUCGGUCGUACCACAGGUUUGUAAACAAAACAAAAAGGGUGUGUGUGUGCAGUGAAACGCAACCUCAGAAAGGGCGUUUAAAAACGGACGACCUGAGAACAUCUGAUCGAAAAUCAUUACGUAGCGUACUAGUAACAAAGUGCAGUGUAAACGAUUACGCGUGUGGCACACAUUCGCAGUGAGAACGUAGUAAAACCCACAAGACGCUAACGACCGCGGUUUACGGACGUUCCCGUAAAGCACCGGCAGUGUACUCCAAUUACAACAACACAAGUAAAUGUGCGGAUCAAGAAAAGAUCAACAGUUGGGGAGUGUAAGAAUACGGGACGUGCAUACAAAAAAGAAAUCUUCGAGCUAAACCGUAUCCGGCUUUAGCAUUUCCGGGAAACCACAAACAUAAAGGUGUUGAUAAGAGUGCGAACUAGUGGAGUAGUACGUGUCCAGCUUAUUGACGUGUGUUGAUACGGUGAUCGGUAGCCAAUGGUCAUCGCCCCGGAAGACCCGAUUAUCCAACGAAAAAGCGUGGCGGCAAUACUACCCAAGCAGCGGAUCUGAAGGCGACCAGAAGACAGGGGUACUGACGACACCGCGGGGGAUCACCUGAAGACGACCUCGAGCAGGAUAAGCAGGGGCGUUGUAAGAGCAGCAACGCCACGACGACACCCAUCCAGAUAGGCAGCGACAGCCCAGUUACUUUAUCCACCGGUUACGCAAAGUGAGUAGUAUGGAUAUCAUAUUUAAAAGCAACCCGAAAGGCAAUUGCAAGCUAUGCAAGAACCCCGAUGAGUGGGACACACAAGUUAAUUGUAUUGAGUGUGACAGAUGGUUACAUCUCAAAUGUCUGAAGCUAGAAGGUCCCGUUAAAAAAUAUGUGUGUCCAAAAUGCUACACAAUAGCUGAGGAACGCAAGGGAAAUAGGGAGGCCUUAAUGCAAACAGAGAGGCUACUAAAAGAAAAAACUGAAGCGGAAAAAAGAACUAGAGAAGAAAACGAAAGGUGUGAGAAGGAAAUCGAAAGACUAGAAGACAUAUUAAGAAAUGAAGAAAUACAUAACCAAUCCGACACAACUCACCUACAAGACGACCUACAGACACUUACAACAAACGUAAAUAAAAUGGCAAACUUGGGUUUUGCUCCACGCAAGAAGACAGUUUUAAAACUUCCGGAUUUCUAUGGCAAUUAUAGAACAUGGCCUCGUUUUAAACUACUGUUCGAAGAAACCACUCGAACAGAAAAAUUUACGAAUUUGGAAAACCUUACACGGCUCCAAAUUCACCUUAAGGGAGAUGCAUUGCGAUCCGUUAGCGGGUUGAUGUUGAACCCAAGUAACGUGGAUGCAAUCUUGGAAAGAUUGGGGAGGUUAUAUGGCAACCCAGUUAGCAUUUUUAACGCCUUACUAAAAGACCUUAUGGUGGUUAAACGGGCAUCUUUGGAAAAUCCAUCUUCGAUUAUUGAGUUCUGUAACGCACUGAAUAACAUGGUGGAAAAUAUGACCAUGUUGAACCAAACGGAGUACUUGAUGGACCAAAGGCUCCUUACAGAUCUGGUCGCAAAACUCUCUCCGGACCUUAAAACCAGGUGGCUCAGAGAUUCACUUAACGAGGAAGGUGACAAAAUCAAAACCUUGAAAGAUUUCAGCAAAUGGUUGAAACCAACAGAAGACGUGGCGAUCACACUUCUUGCUAUGGAAGGUGGUCAAAGAGACAGACCGGCGAGGCUGAAUACUCACUAUUCAGCCAGCCAUCAAAUUUCAAAUAAAAGCUGUCUAAUUUGCAGCCGUCCUCAUGAAACCAUAUCUUGUUACAAGCUAAAGAAUGCCUCAGUAAACGAAAGAUGGAAAAUGCUGAAGGAGAAAAACGUUUGCACUAACUGCUGCAAAUUCUCUAACCAUGCGACCAUUAACUGUCGCUCAAGGCCGCAGUGUACAGUGAAUGGUUGUAGACGACGACACAACACCAUAUUGCAUGAAGAAAAAUUCAACUCAAUGGGCACGGCGUCAAAAGCACAUUUAAAUUUUCAUCAAAACUCGGAACAAUACCUAUUUCAAGUUCUGCCAAUAACUGUCUAUAACGAAAACAACUCCAUCGAAACAUUUGCAUUGAUAGACCCAGGAUCCUCAACGAGCCUCAUGACAGAAAGCCUAAGACAGAAACUAAAUCUGCAUGGCCCAAGGAAGCCGUUAACACUUUCGUGGAUAAAUGGAUGCAACCAGGUAGAGGAUACAAGCACGUCGGUAUCUCUGAAACUCAGAGGUCCAAACGGCAGGCUGCUUUAUGUCAAGGACAUUAGGACAAUAAAUGAACUGGACCUACCCACUCAAAGCAUCAAUGCAAACGUGUUGAAGAGAAAAUUUUCCCACUUAAAGACGCUAAAUAUUUCAAGCUACAAAAAUGCUAAACCCACCAUUCUGUUAGGACUUCCACAUGCUUAUUACACGCAAGCUGUGGAGUCCAAAUCAGGAGCGCCCAAUGAACCAGUGGCACACAAAACACGCAUUGGUUGGGUCGUAUUUGGAAAGUGCAGAAAUGGUGAUGCAAAAGAAAAUCAACAUCUUUUCACAAUACAGGAUAAGAAAGAGGAGGAAGAAAAGUCAAUGAGGGACCUGAUGAAAAGGUUUUUUUCAACAGAAGAAUUUGGCGUAAGGGAAACUAAAUUCACCCCAAAAUCAAAGGACCAUGAAAGAGUCCUAAGUGUAAUGAAUGACACACUGAAAUAUACAAAUAAUCAGUAUGAGAUUGGCCUACUUUGAAAAGAUCCCAAUGUAUCCUUACCAAGCAGCUACGCACAGGCGCUAAGAAGGCUCGAAAGUCAAGAACGGAAAAUGAAAGGUAAUGACGAGAUGAAAACCUGGUAUAAAAAUCAAAUUACUGAUUAUGUUCAGAAAGGUUACGCUCGUAAACUAACACCAUUUGAAUUGCUGAAUAGAGAUCCAAAGAUCAAUUACAUUCCCCAUUUUAUGGUCAUCAAUCCAAAUAAGCCAACUCCAAAACCAAGACUGGUUUUCGAUGCAGCUGCAAAGAACGAAGGGAUUUCACUUAACUCUACUCUCUUGUCCGGACCAGACGCCACUACGUCAAUUUUUGGAGUAUUAAUCCGCUUUCGCGAAUACCCUAUCGCCUGUUCAGGGGACAUCAAGGAGAUGUUCCAUCAGAUACGGAUCCGCAAAGAAGAUCAAGUGGCUCAACGAUUUUUAUUCAGGGAUAAUCCACGCAACGAACCCCAAGUAUACGUUAUGAACGUCAUGACCUUCGGUGCCACAUGCUCUCCUGCUUGUGCCCAGUUCGUUAAAAAUGAAAACGCCUUAAAAUAUAAAGACAAAUACCCCACUGCAGUGGAAGCAAUAGUAAAAAACCACUAUGUUGAUGAUUAUCUUGAUAGUUUUCGGACUAUCAAUGAUGCAAUCAAGACUAUUAACGAGGUUUGCCUCAUACAUGAUAGAGCGCAUUUCUUUAUGAGAAAUUUCGUUUCUAACUGUCAGGAGGUAAUAAGAAGCAUCCCAGAUGAUAGAUCCUCACAACAAGAGCUGCUGCACAUCUCUAAUAAAGAUAUGAAUUUUGAGAAAAUUUUGGGGCAAUACUGGGACAAAACAAACGAUGUGUUAAGGUAUAAGCUUAAGCAUACCCCGUGUUCCAUAAUUUCAAAAAGAGAAAUGCUAGCCUACUUGAUGAAAAUAUAUGAUCCAUUGGGGCUAGCGGCAAACUAUACUACGCAAGCGAAGGUCAUCAUCCAAGAAAUUUGGAAAACAGAACUGGAUUGGGAUAGCCCAGUACCAGAACGCAUAAUGGAACAAUGGCAAAGAUGGAAGGAAAGAAUAAAGGAACUAGAACACAUACAAAUACCUAGAUGCUACUCGGUGGCUAGCAAUAUCGAAGUAACUGAGUUACACACUUUCGUUGACGCUUCGGAGAAAGCGUUCGCAGCAGUAGUGUACUUAAGAACAUUAACAGAAAAGGGGAUUGACGUAAACAUAGUGGCGGCAAAAACGAGAGUGGCACCAAUAAAACCACUCUCAAUUCCUAAGCUGGAACAUCAAGCAGCAGUACUCGGAGUCAGACACGCCGAGACUGUUAAGGAGGAAUUAAGAAUUACCACUGAUAGGGACUAUUAUUGGUCAGAUUCCAAAACCGUCCUAGGAUGGAUCAAUGCCGAUCCACAAAAGUACAAACAAUUUGUGGCGGUAAGAAUUGGAGAGAUUUUAGAUACUACCAUUGCUAGUCAAUGGAAGUGGGUCUCCUCCGAAAGUAAUCCUGCAGACGAAGCAACAAGGUAGUUACAAGAAAAUCUAUAUGGCUGAAUGGCCCAGUAUUUCUUAAACAAAGGGAAAUUGAAUAUAGGGACCCCAAGCUAAUCAUUACUCAUGAAGAAAUCCGUCCAAAUCUUAUGAUUAAAACCAUAGAGAAGAGAACAUUCAACUUUAUAAAAACCGAAUGGUGUUCAAAUUGGCUAAGACUGAAGAGAUCACUGGCAAUCAAUUUAAAAUAUAUAGAAUUUUUGAAAAGCAAGGUCAAGCGAUUAGCAUUUUCCCCGAUAGUAGAAAAGGAAAACCUGGAUAAAGCAGAAAAACUCCUAUUGCAAAAGGCACAAUGGGAGAUAUACGAAGAUGAUUUAGUUCAGCUUUCACUCAAUGGACAAGUCUCUAAAAAUAGCACAAUAAAGAAUCUCAAUCCACAAGUAAUAGAAGGACUACUACGAGCAAGGGGACGAUUAGCAAAUAUAUGCUACCUCUCCGAUGACGUGAAACAACCCAUAAUAUUACCCAAGAGGCAUCACGUGACAGAAUUGAUCAUACAGCAUUAUCAUGAACGCUACAUGCAUAAAAAGAUGGAAGCAGUUAUUGCGGCAAUCCGGCAAAGGUUUUGGGUAAUCGACCUUAGGGCCGUGGUAAGAAGUGUGAUCAGCAAAUGCCAGCGUUGCAAAAAUGAACGCGCACGUCCCAUUGCCCCGAUGAUGGCCCCCCUUCCAGAAAGCCGAGCCGCUGUGUUCAAAAAACCCUUCACCCAUACAGGUGUAGAUUACUUUGGACCCAUGACAGUGUCAAUCGGAAGAAGGGUAGAAAAAAGAUGGGGAGCGAUAUUCACGUGUAUGACAACGCGCGCUAUACAUUUAGAAAUCGCUAAAGACUUAAGUACAAAUUCCUUCAUAAUGUGCCUAAAAAAUGUGCAGCAUAGGCGUGGAAAGAUUUGUCACAUAUACAGUGACAAUGGUACAAACUUCGUUGGGGCAAACAGGCAAAUAACGGAACUCAUCGAAAGAUGUGCAACCAACGGUAUCAAAUGGCACUUCAAUCCCCCGGCCGCGCCUCACUUUGGAGGUGUAUGGGAGAGAAUGGUCCGAGAGGUCAAGAGCUUGCUGCCAAAUAAUGAUAAUAUGCCAGAAGAAGUAUUAAGAUCGGUCUUUAUCGAGAUCGAAUUUAUUCUCAAUAAUAGACCUCUUACUCACAUCCCCCUCGAAACUGAAGACGACGAACCUCUCACACCGUUUCACUUCUUGAUAGGGUGUUCCGGAGAGGCCGAACCUACGCCAGCCGGGAUUUCAGCAGCUGAAGCUAGCACAAACAACUGGAAGAAGGCACAAGUUAUCACCCAAAACUAUUGGGAACGUUGGUUGAAGGAGUACCUCCCAACAUUAGCCAAACGAGAAAAGUGGAUAGAACGCUCAGACCCAAUACAACCUGAUGACAUAGUCGUCUUCCCAGACGAACAACGCGUGGGUAGGUGGUUAAAGGGCCGGGCAGUAGAAGUUUAUCCCGCUAAAGACGGGCAAGUUAGAUCCGCAAAGAUUAAAGUUGAAAACGGCGAAUACAAACGCCCUGUUAUCAACUUAUCAGUACUAGAAGUAAAGGGCAAGAAAAUUGCAGACGUACCUUCGUGGGGAGUUAAAAGACCGGUCAACAUCGCCUACGUCAAGAAAUUAGCUGAACAAUUAAAAACUCCUCCUGCAAAAAGGAGGAAGCAUCUCGUAAAACCUUAUAAUGGCCCGGUAUCUAUGCAUUAUAGGCCUGUUAGCCGCAUGGAAACUAACAGACAAUCUUUCAGUUAAACCAGUUGAAGAAGCUGGUAUAUUCUUCGACCACGAAGGAACGCUUCUCUUGAAAAGGGGUGUGUGGGAAACAACCUUCCACACGAAAAUACACCCCGAAAAUGACACAGAGACUUUACUGACAAUAGAGAAAGAGGUGACCACAGUAUUCAAGGCACUGAGCGACAUGGACACUAAUCUUCUAAAUUUGAAAUUGACAUUACAACAAAACAUUCGACACGCACUUCAACUCUCACAGCCUGCAGUAAAAAGACGAACCAAACGAUCUAGCGGCAUAUUUGGAUUUUUGAAAGGUAUUCUUUUUGGAGAAGACGAUAUUGACGAACAGUUAGCCCUCUUUAGAGCUUCUGAAGACCAGAAAUUGAAACAUAUAUCGGAAGACAUGACUCAUAAAAUCAAGCAGGGUGACAGACUUAGAAACGAACUUAAUAUGAAAAUAGACCACAUGAACGAAGGUAUUAAGAGUCUUAAUAAAAGCUUCAAUGAAAACAAAAAAAAAACGUACUUAUAAAGCAUGUCACAGAAACAAUCAUGCUAGCUGAAGACAUAGUACAAUACAUUACGACAAGGUAUCUAGAGUUAGAAAUCCAGCCCCUUAGCAUAUUCGACUCGACGAAAAUUUCCGAGAAGAUACAAUCAAGGUUACCCGAUGGGUAUAUAAUUCUAGACCACCCCCGAAUUUCUAGCAAAGAGUUAUUUAGGGGAGAAAUAAUAGUACAUAUUGAAAACGUCAUCGUUUCGCAAGAGAGAUUCGAAAUAUUCCAUAUCACUGUAAUACCAAACCUAAAAAACUUUACAACUCUGGACUUAGAUGAAAAUGUAAUAGCUAUAAACGAAAUACACUAUAUAUACCCUACAGAUAUUACGCGAUACAAUAGCACUCAUCACGUGUCCUCAGAUGUAGCCGUUAGAAGAGAUUUGGAUUGUAUAUCCUCAUCUUUCAGACAUAUAAAAACAGAAUGCUUGUGUGGUAUAAAACCAAUUAAAAACUCAAUAACCAAAUUUGUAAAGCUCUCCCAGCCGAACAAAAUCCUAUACUACUCUUUUCAUCCUAACGAAAUAUACCUCAAAUGUAACAAAACACUGACACAUCCCGCGUAUCAAGCUGGGGUAAUAACACUUAGCCAAGACUGUAAAAUACAGACCAAGAACAUAGAAAUCCAGCCAACCAUGAAAAUUGAAGCUGUAGAAACAAAAAUGUAUUUCAAGCCGCUGGCCAAAAUACUGAAUUUAAGCGCAGAGCAAAAAGAAGAAACAAAUAGGGAUCAGCUCUAUCUCAUAAUAAUUACAAGUACAAUAGCCUGCGUCGCCACUUUAAUAUUAGGAAUAACCAUAGCAUUUAUUAUCAAACAAGUACGAGCUAAAAUGUACACUUUACGCCCCCCGCCGUUUAAACCGUCACCAAAUAGUAACCCCUCUACGAGGAAUUACGGGGGUCAGGAUGUUGAUGACAGCGCCGCAUAAUUAGGUCAUCACGGCCUGGGAACUGACCGACCGAACGAAAACAAUUGUAAGCAAAUCUAAUGUAAACAAUAUCGACCAAAUAAAAACUGCUGAUCGCGAUCGAUCAGCAGAAAAUUAGUAUAUAAGUUAGGAAUAAGCAUGAAUAAAUCGACUUUCAAGCACAAGAACUCAAAGACUAAGUUGUUUGUCUGUUCCAAGCCAAGUCGGACGGUAAAAUCCUCCUGUCUUGGCGCUUCCCAACGAGUUCAGACUCGGUGCGGAAAAUAUAAUUGGAUUCCAGCAACUUCUUCAGUGAGUGACUGCUUCAACAAGCAACAACAUAGGCACAUGUAAUUAUCACAUCUAAUACUGCAUACACUUUUAGGAUCAUUCUGCAGUUUGGAUCAUUUUCAUCCAGUGACGGAUUUAGGGUGUUGGGGGCCCUAAGCAGUAAAAGGAGUUGAAGCCCCCUGUUGGUGUCGAGGGGGGGGGGAAUAUUACAAUUGGCUUUGAAUCAAACUCACCGUAAUGGUUGGAGAUUGGAAUUUAAUCCGUAUUAAAAUUGGAAUUUAAUAAAAUAAUCUCUUUAAAUGCGUUGGUCGUUAGGCCGGUCUCGUAGUACAAUCGUCAACUCGUACGACUUAACAACAUGCCCGUCAUGUGUUCAAUCCCCAAAUAGAUCGCGCCGCCAUACGUAGGACUGACUAUCCUGCUAUGGGGGGGAAUCAAUUAGUCACUGACAGCCAAGCCCACAAGUGGGUACAGGCAGGCCUUUACCGACAUCGGUUGUUACCAAGACAAGACAUGACUACAUUAUCGGAAUUGUCGAAAGAUAAAAUAUCUUGUAUAACUUGUUAACAGUGUUGUCAACGUGUAAACGGAAAUUUAAACUAAAGUCCAGUGUAACGCCUAGAUCACAAACUUCUUGACGACAAUCUAACACACUGCCUAACAACGAAUUACGAAUUAUACUUGAUCGUUUUUUCAAGUCUAUGAAACGAAAUAAUAAAAAAAACAAGGGCUAGCUCGAUAUCAUUUUUAGACACCAUGUACCAAACACCAGGCAUGAGUUUCUUCGUCCAUGGGGCCCCUAUUGGGCACAAACGUUCUGGAUGAGACUACUGUACACAUUGUUGUAUAUGCUGGUAUUACCAUCCACGGGGCCCCUAAAUAGAUGGGGCCCCCGCGGCUGCUCAGUCCGCGUUCCGUUAAAUCCGCCACUGUUCUCAUCAGGAGGUAAACACACGGUUUCGAAAAAAUAUGUUUGUUUCAACUAAAUCAUGUAUUAAACAGCUUGGAGAAUGAUUAUUGGCUAUUUUUAGGACAUUUAAGAAUGAAAAAUUAAUCGCUACGGCACAGGGUGUAAACAAAACAAAUGACAGCACUACAGAUUUGCUGAACAUGUCAACGCCUACUUCCGAACAUUUCUAUCAGGCCUAUUAUUUUACUCGAAUGACAUUCGAUUCCGUCGGAAGCACUCGAGUCGAGCCGGAGAAAAAUCGGUAUCGUUUUCGCCAUUCGUAUUGAUGAAAGUUUCAUCGACAUUUUUGUUCUAGCAUCUGUGUGUUUGACAGUUGGUCGAAGCAACCGGCGGUCGGAGUGAGUGUAAACAAACGGAUUCAGCACUUCUUUAAAAUCAUUUUUUACCAUAAUUUUGUUGAAAAUGGGAUAAAUAUGAGUGAUGAGAGUGUUAAUAAACUUAUGUCAAACUCAAUUACACACAUAGACAGUGACUUAAAUUCUUUGUGAGUUUAAAUUUGCGCGUUUCCGACAGCUUGAGCUGUCGGCAGAAAAUCUCUCGCAUGCACCUUCCCAACCAGCAAAACCGAAGCUAUUGGAAAACUUUCCUGUGUGCCAAAGCGAGAGAGCAUGUCUUCUUUCUCUAGAUUUUGGACGGCACAACGCCGAUCGUGUGGCCUAUGAACGAAAAACGGGAGAAGGGGAAACCGAUAUCCUUCGAGUGACACACACGCAUGCAUCUGCAUGCGUAUUCCGCUCAACCGAGACUACACAUCUCUCUCGAUCUCCCAUGAUUUUUCUGCUAUCGCGCUCAUCCGGGUGUUAGGCAUCCUCAGUCUGUCCAGAACUUUCACUGUGGAAGGAUGUGUUGGAGUGAUGUGUGAUUUCUUGUGCCCCGUACUUUGCUCGUUUACGUUUUGUGCCGUGUUCCUUCUUCUUCAAAUAUGGAAUGAUUUAUCCUUGUAAAUUUCUAAGUUACAGUGCACGCGCAUGUUAAUCGACGGUUGCCAACAUCCAGCAAAACGAUCGACAGAAGGAAAACGGUGUCCGGUUUUAAAAUAUAAAGAUUUCAUUACUGAUCUUUCGUAGAAGAGCGCACUUCAAGGACGCCUAGGAUACGGCUAAACAUGCGCAGCACCAGUCCGUGACGUCAUUUCCAGACAGGCGCCGGCUGAACACGCGCAGCACCAGUCGAGGAUGUCCUAGCGCAGAGGGUAGAGGGAAGAACGAGAGAAAGGGUAACAGAAAGCAACCGCAGCAUUUGGAAGGGGUGAAGCAUCCUGCCGUAUACAGAGUGUGAGUGUGCCAAAACGCAUGUGGAAAGAGUAACACCAAUAAAUAGCAUGCGAAAGUGUGCAUAAAGCAAAAAGAAAAAGCGUCACUACUACAACCAGCAAUCCGAAAAUAUAAGGGGAGGGAUAAAUACAAAUGUAUGCGUAAGCAGGACCAGCAAUCCAAGCAUUUGAAUGUGUGCGUCGGUUUGUGCCGUGCUGAAAGUUUUUACUUUAGCUGCUGCUAGUGUAAAAACUUAAGGAAAGCUUAAAGUAAUUUUUUUUUACACGGGGCGCCUUCGGAAAUCGUUGGCUGGGAUUAUAAUCAGUAUGUAUAUAUGCCUGAACGAAUCUAAAACUCGCUGAACAUGUCUAUAUAAUCCUCGAAAACCCUGUAAUGGUGCUUGUUU